AUGAUCGAACCUGAGCCAAUUCAGCCGGAGCCUAUUAUUCGUGAUACCCAGGUAACUGAAAAAGAAGUCGUUCCUUCGAAGACUGGUGUAUUGAGACGAAUCAAGAUGAAGUCGAAGAAUAAGCGUCGAUCAUCUAGUACGAAAGUUGUUCGUAAACCCCAAGUUUCUCAUCAAGGAGUGAUUUUUAGAGAAAUACUUGCCCCUGCUUCUCCUUCUUCGAAAAAGCGAUUGGCUGCUGAUAUGGCAAAACAACUCUCCAAGAAGAAAAAGCGAAGGGUGAUUCUUACCUUAGAAUCUACUGCAGAUGAGGGUGAAACUAUUCCUGAGACACCUGAGGCGGAUUUGCUUAAAGAUUCUUCUCACGUGGAUACAUCUGUUAUUACACCACCCGAAGUUUCGCUUGCCAAGACAAUUACUGUGGAGGCUCGAACUUCAGACAUCCCUGUAAACAUAUUUGAUAUGGAUACAAAUGUCAUCAUGGGUGAGGACGAUUCGAAUAAACAAACAAAAGGUAACCCUUCGAAUGUGGUUUCAGAUUCUUUCAUUUCUUUACCUUCACAUACUACCCCUAUCAUUCCUACAACAUCCACAACAGAUUCUCCAACUUUUGCAAACAUUAUUUCACAACCUUUUACCACUCUUUUUCCUUCACAAUCAACUGAUCCUCAAACCACUACUUCUCCAAUAAAAGAUUCAUUCAUGGAUACUGAAAAUGAAUCUGAAGGUUUUGGGGAAACUUUUGAGAAUCUGGAAUUUAAUGAGGAGGAAACUGACUUCCCAAAUCAUAUGCUCCUGACGAUGAAACAAUUCAAGAUCUUGAAUAUAAAUCUUAACUCUAUUAUUCAAUCUCAAGCUGAUCUUGGGGGAGGUCGUUCUGUAUCUAGCCUUGAAGUUGAUGGCAUGCUGACAUUACUUGAAGGGAGAUUAACCACAAAAAUAUCUCAGCUUUCAACAAAUGACAACAAAAAUUUUCUAGAGUUGUUCGCCCUUUUGAAAGAGCUUAAAAGUCUAUCUUCCAAGUCUACUGCGUCUAUGCUAUCUUCGGAAGAUCUGAUCCAAAAAUUUUCUAAAUUUGAAGAGUUACUUAUCCAACAACUAGCUCCUCUAUCACGCAUCUUGUGA